UGGAGGGCAAGUCAAGCUACGUGUAAUUUUUGACUGAAAAUGGCUGAUAGAAAAGGCACUAACGUUCCUAACUCUAGCUCAAACCUACUGUUCUCCGCUGCCCCUGAGUUUAACUUCAGUUUACCCUUUAUACCUGUCACUCAGUCUACUGGUCCGGCUGUCUUAUCAGGAGACGAUGCCUCUGAGGUCGGAGAAGAGGACAGUUUCGUCGGCCAGACCAGUGCUUCUGCUGCACCACAGCCUUCCACCUUCAGUUACUUCUCCAGCCCGUCAAACAGCAGUGACCCGUUUGCUUCUAUAGGACACCAGCCAUGUCCGCCCCCACCACACACAGCUGUCCCCUCUGCCUCGGGCACACUGCCAAUGUCCAGCGCUGCCAGUCUGCCACCCGUGUCCCAGUCGGCCCAGAUCAGCGCAUCUCCGCAGUUUGGCAGCACCGUUUACCAGGAUCCCGUGGGGAGGUUUACUCCUCCCCCAAGUUCAGCGACCCCUCCACCCCCCCAGGUGUCCCAGCAGGCGUUUAAUCCUUACCGACACACGGCGGCGAGUAGCAAAGUCAGCCCUUACCUUAUGGCUCCAGAACUCCAGCAGCAGGCUCCUGCCCAGUCGCCCCAGCAUCUCACCCAGUACUCCCAGGGCCCUCCUGCCUCGACAUUCCAACCAGCACCACCUACAUUCACUAAGCCUCCACCUACACAAGCUGCAACACCUCCUGCCACUCCUGCUCUGGCCGGGCCCCUAAUGCCGGCCAACGCCGCGACGCCCUUCACCUAUAACGUUUACGAGCCGGUUCAGCCUCACUGGUUCUACUGCAAACAGGUGGAGUCCAAGAAAGUCUGGCUGCCCUUCAGUGUGCUGGACUCCAUUCAACUGGAGGAGACUUUUAACUCAAUCCAGCCCGACCCGGAGAGCGUGGUGGUGAGCACAGACGGGGGCCGCUACGACGUGCAGCUGUACGACCGACAGCGGACGGCUGUGUACUGGGAGGAGGAGCCAACGGAGGUGCGCCGCUGCACCUGGUUCUACAAAGGAGACGCUGACAGUCGCUUUAUUCCCUACUCAGAGGAGUUUAGUGACAAACUGGAGGCGGAGUAUAAGAAAGCUGUGUCGACCAAUCAGUGGCAUCGCAGGCUGGAAUUUCCAUCUGGGGAAACAAUCGUCAUGCACAACCCAAAGGUGAUAGUGCAGUUCCAGCCGUCGGCCAUGCCUGAUGAGUGGGGGACCACGCAGGACGGACAGACCCGCCCCAGGGUCGUGAAGAGGGGCGUGGAUGAUGACCAUGAUGAGGUCCCUGACGGUGAGAUGCCACAGGUAGACCACCUGGUGUUUAUGGUUCACGGCAUCGGCCCCGUCUGUGACCUCCGUUUCAGGAGCAUGGUGGAGUGUGUGGAUGACUUCCGCAGCGUUUCUCUGAAGCUGCUCCAGAGUCACUUUAAGAAGGCUCAGGAUGAGCAUGUGAUCAGCCGUGUGGAGUUCCUGCCCGUGCACUGGCACACUGCUCUCCACGGAGACGCCACAGGGGUGGACAGGCGGAUAAAGAAGAUCACGCUGCCCAGUACCGGCCGCCUCCGUCACUUUACCAACGAGACUCUCCUGGACGUGCUCUUCUACAACAGCCCGACCUACUGCCAGACCAUCAUGGACACGGUCGCCUUUGAGAUCAACCGGCUCCACGCUCUCUUCAUGCAGCGGAAUCCAGACUUCCACGGAGGCGUGUCGGUGGCUGGGCACAGCUUAGGCUCUUUAAUACUGUUUGACUUGCUGUCCAAUCAGAAGAUCGGGUCGCCUGUGUCGGGUUUGACCAGUAAUGGGACCACUCCCCCUGAAGUUAGAGAGGUGAGUCCACCUGUUUCACAGGCCAAUGACAAGCCUCCUCCGCCAGCCGUGGAGGAGGAGGCCAAGGGCGAGGAAGAGGAGGUUCCAGACCUGGCGUCUGUGCUGGAGCAGCUUGGUCUCUCUGAGUACCUCAGCAUUUUCCAGCAGGAGAAGAUCGACACAGAGUCUCUCCUCAUGUGCACUGUUGAUGACCUGAAGGAAAUGAACAUCCCUCUGGGCCCACGCAAGAAACUCGCCAAGUUUGUCAAAGAAAGAGCAGCGAAGCAGGCGGCACAUCGGGCGGCGCCAGAGAAGCCUGUAGCUAAAGAGGAAAGUAAAGAAGCCCCGCCCACUCAGCCCACUGAGCCAAUCCCUGAGUCCUCCAGCAGCAAGCCCCCUGUGGGCAGGACCGUGUCCUCCAUCCACGUGGAUUAUAACUACUUCGCCAUCGGCACAGGACAGGUGUCAGUGGUGUAUCACGCUUUGGACUUUGAGCCUGUGAAUUUCUUCGCUCUUGGUUCUCCGAUCGGAAUGUUCCUGACUGUGCGAGGUCUGGAGAAGAUCGAGGAGACGUACCAGCUGCCCACCUGCAAACGGUUCUUCAACAUUUACCAUCCGCUGGAUCCGGUGGCCUACAGAAUUGAGCCCAUGAUUCUACCAGAUGCCAACCUGGAGCCGGUUUUAAUCCCGCACCACAAAGGCAGGAAGAGACUCCAUCUGGAGCUGAAGGAGAGUUUGUCCAGAAUGGGAUCGGACCUGAAGCAGGGUUUCAUCAGCUCUCUGAAGAGCGCCUGGCAGACCCUCAACGACUUCGCCCGCGCACACACCUCCAUCCAGCUUCACGAGCAGCUGGCUCUAGUGGCCAGUCAGAUUAAAGAGGAGGAGGAGAAACAGAAGGAUGCAGCCGCGGCGAGUAAGCAGUUGGAGAGCCCGGAGCCUCCCAGAGAGGAGGAGGUGCCUGUGAAGGUUGGGAUGUUGAAUGGUGGGAAUCGAAUCGACUACGUUCUCCAGGAGAAACCCAUUGAGAGUUUUAACGAGUAUCUCUUUGCCCUGCAGAGCCACCUGUGUUACUGGGAGUCUGAGGACACAGCCCUGCUCAUCCUGAAGGAGAUUUAUAAAACGAUGGGAGUUUGGCCAGAGCUGACGGCGCACUGACGUGCAAAGCCGCCCCUGUCAAUCACACACACGGCCCAGUCAAGAUCGACACAUGACACCAGAUCAGUCCCAAACACUCUUCCCGAUUCAUCCUCCCUCUCCAAGAGAUUUACUCUUGACUGUUUGGAUCACUCUGGAAAAAAUAAACACAUGUUGUUAUUGUUUUCUUUUAUUUUCUAUUCUUCUAGUCUCUUGUAUAAAGGUUAAUGUAUAAUAUCAAAUGUCUUAAAUUAAGAAUUAAACCUUCUAUAGUGGAUUUCAACACCACAUUAUCUGUUUGAAUUUACAUUUUAUAGCCUACCUGACGGAGCAGUUGGAAGUCCGAGUGUAUGUGAUCAGUUAAUGAAUGCAAACCACAGUAUUCACUCAGACAUUACAUUAUAGAGUGAUUUAAGAAUCCUAUAUGAGAAAC